CCUCACCUCAAUAGCUGGAUUCGAGAAAACGUACCCAAUUGACUCGACUUACUCCUACGAUGCCCCAAGAUUUACCACCCGCUGGGGGCUAUGGCCCGGUGCAGUAUAAGGUGUGUUUUCCCUUCUUAUUUCUAUUGCGAUGUGGGUUUGGAGCUGCGACAGGGAGAACGGGAAUGGUGAUGGGAAGGGCGCGGAGGAUAUGACGGGAGGAUCGGUAUCGCGUUGCAUAUAAAAGAAUUUUUGGGAGGAAGCAGAGGAGAGAUCAUGUACAGGGAUCGUAAAACGCGUGUGAUAGAGGGGGGGGAGAAAGGGAAAGCAGAUUGAUGGGAACAAGGCUGACGAUCAAUUCCACAGCGCAACCUCCCCGCACGCGGUUUCCGACCAGCGGUUCUGCUCACUGGUAUGGUGGGCAUUAUGACCUUUGGGUUCUAUAAGUUAGGAGGAGGGAUUCGGGAACAUAAGUAUGUCGUACCAUACCAAUGCAACAUACCAAUCAUAUCCCUUCCCCUUCUACACCAUUCAAUUCUUCCACCUUUCGAUUAGAGGAUAGGAGUGGACGGGACAAGACCUAGGAAUAAUGGAGAGAACAUGGGGCUAAUACCAAAUAGUGAACUCGCUCGCGAGAAGAUGUGGUCGAGAAUCUACAUCACGCCCCUCUUGACAGCAGAGGAGGACCGGGAUUUGGUACGGAGACAUUACGCGGAUUUGGCAAGGGAGAAGGAGUUGCUUGGGACUCAGACUAGUGCCUAUAACUCGGAUAGGUAUGUCGAUUCUUUUCUCUGGCUGGUUGUAAUUUGGGUUUUUGGGGAGUUGUUGGGGAGGAGAGAGGAUGUUAGGAGAAGAGUAUAUGUGAUUUUGGUUUCUUGCGAGUCUGAACAAGGGUAUUUGUUUUCUUUUAAAUCGUUUCAUGACUGACAUCUGGAAUUUUAGAUAUGUGCGACCUACUUUCGCUGUCACUCCAAGUAAGAUUUUGAAGUAG